GACGUGUGUGUGUCCCGUUGUGCCUGCCUGUCUGCCUGCACCCCAGGAAUGGGGGCCCCAGUAACCCCGGCCUGCCUGCUGCUCCUCCUGCACCUCACAGCUGGGACAUCUGCAGAGCCGCACUAUGUGGUGGUGAGCCCAGCCGUACUCUACCACCCGCACAUGGGGACGGUGUCAGUUCAUCUCAGCGACCUCAACGAGACCGUCCGGGUGAGCGUCCGGCUGGAGGGGGGGAUGGGCCCAGCGCUAUCACCCUGCUGGAGAGAGAGGUCCAGGAGCCCCGUCUGCACGAGAACGUGCGCUUCCAGGUUCCAGCCCCGUCUGGGGGGCAGCAGGAAGUGGCAGAGCUGCACGUCUCGAUCCGGGGAGAUGCCCUGCAGUUCUCUGAGUGGAAGAAAGUGCUGCUGCGGGCGCUGCAGCCCAGGACCUUUGUGCAGACGGACAAGGCCGUCUACAAGCCAGGACAGACAGUACCCGGAAGGCUACGGAGAAGGAUUUGAGCCCCCGGGCAUCGAUUCAGCCCCCGUCAGCAGCACGAGGCACUCGGGGGCUGCCAGGGACGAGUCGUGUGUGGGGGCAGCAGCUGAGCAGGGCGUGUCCGUUUGCCAGGAUCCCAACGGGAACCGCAUCGCCCAGUGGCGAGAUGUGACUCCGCAGCAGGGCAUCGUGGAUCUGUCCCUCCCACUGUCUGCAGAGCCGGCCCUGGGGACGUACGCCAUCGAGGCGCAGGGGACGAGGCACUCGUUCAGCGUGGAGGAAUACGUGCUGCCCAAGUUCAAAGUGACCCUGGAGCUGCCCCCCGUGGUGACGGUGCUGGAUGAGACGCUCCUGCUGCAGGUGUGCGGCCGAUACACCUAUGGGAAGCCCGUCCUGGGGAGGGUCCACGCCAGACUGUGUCGGGAAGAAAAACCAGCAGAUCCCUGUGACUAUCUUCAUGCCAAGCGAACCGGGGCUCUGUGCACGGAGCUUACUGGCCAGACUGAGAGCAACGGCUGCUUUUCCACAGAGGUGGGGACGGCUCCCUUCAACCUGACCCACUCUGGCUACAAGAUGAGCCUCCAGGCCAACGCGUCUCUCGUGGAGGAGGGGACAGGGGUGGAGCUCAGCGCGACCAAGAACUGUGACAUCGUGUCUGAAAUCGCUACGGUGACCUUUGAGGACACUGACGAGACCUACAAGACUGGAAUCCCCUACACUGGCAAGAUGCUCCUGAAGACAGCAGAUGGCUCUGCACUGAAGAAUGAGAAGCUGCAGCUCUUUGUUAGAUAUGGGAAUAAGAAUAAGAAGCAGACCUUCCUGACCGACGAGUCUGGCAGAGCCUCCUUUGAGCUGAACACCUCCGGCUGGACAGGGAGCGUCACUCUGAGGGGGCGCUUCAAGCAGGUGGAUGGCAGCUCUUUAAAUGGGAGAGUCUCUCCCAGUUACCAGGAUGCCCAUCGUCACCUGGAGCCCUUCUACUCCAAGAGCCAGAGUUUCCUGAAGAUCCGCUCGCUGGGAGGGGUGCUGCCCUGCGACCAGGCCCAGCAGCUCCAGGUGGAUUACGUCAUUGCUAGGGAGGCCCUGGGGAACGGGUCCAGGAGCCUGGAUUUCAUCUUCCUGGUCGUGGCCAAGGGAGCCAUCGCCAGGAUCCUCCACAAGGGGCUGGACCUCAGGGAGGGGGCUGGACUGAAGGGCUCCUUCUCUGUCGAGCUGCCCGUCGGCGCUGACCUGGUGCCCGCUGCCACGGUGCUGGGUUACACAGUGCUGCCCGAUGGCGAGAUGGCUGCCGACAGCGCCUGGCUGCACGUGGCCAAGUGCCUCCCGAACAAGGUGAAGCUGGCCUUCUCGCAGGACCGGGCCCUGCCGGGCUCAGAGCUCCAGCUGCGGGUGCAGGCUGCCCCCGGGUCCCUGUGCGCCAUCCGCGCCGUGGAUCAGAGCGUGCUGCUCAUGAAGCCCGAGGCCGAGCUCAGCGUCGACACGGUCUAUAACUUGCUCCUCAAUUUUUUCCGAGAAGACUAUUUCGGCCCAGUGCCAGUACUUCAGCCAUGUUCUCAUCCGUCCCUGGCUCUAGAUUUAGACUUCCGCGCCUUAAGUGUCACGUAUAUUGAGCUACCGCAGAGGCAGAGUAGAGGGACUAGCAGCUGGACUCCCCCUCGGCAUGACGCCUACAGCCUGUUUAAGGUAGGGUUGGACCUGGCCAGGCCUCACACUCCUCUGUAGCCUGAAAGGACUAAACUGGCUCCGAUGUGCCCAGAGCUGCUGG